AUGUUAGCAGUGGGGCAGAUGGACGGGUCCCGACAGAGCGCUUUCCUCCUAAGCACCGCACCUUUAGCGGCUCUGCAUAGCAUGACGGAGAUGAAGACCCCACUCUACCCAGCCUACACAUUAUCUUCCACCGGUCCGGCCUCUUCUACCUCACCUAUUGCCACCUCUCCAAACCCCGGUGGCAUCCCGAUGUCCUCACCGGGGAUCAAAACAUCCUCCGGAAUGUCAUCUCUCGGAUCGCUCCAUCAAUGCAUUGCGCUAGGCACACCUCAUGGAAUAAACGACAUCCUCAGUCGUCCUUCGGUCCUUGCCCCAGGAGCUGCUGCUGCCGUUGCUGCGUCCUCUUCUGCCGGCAUCUUGUCCGGACUGCCCCGCUUCAGUAGCUUGAGCCCCCCGCCACCCCCUGGACUCUACUUCAGCCCCAGUGCUGUGGCAGUGGCUCGCUACCCCAAGCCCUUGACAGACCUUCCAGGCAGGACCCCGAUAUUCUGGCCAGGAGUCAUGCAAAGCCCACAUUGGAGAGACGCCAGAUUCGCAUGUUCACCGCAUCAAAAUUCUAUACUGCUUGACAAAGAUGGAAAAAGAAAGCACACACGUCCCACCUUCUCUGGGCAGCAAAUAUUUGCCCUAGAAAAGACUUUUGAACAAACGAAAUAUCUGGCUGGACCGGAGCGAGCACGACUGGCCUACUCGUUGGGAAUGACAGAGAGCCAAGUAAAGGUGUGGUUUCAAAACCGAAGAACGAAAUGGAGAAAACGCCACGCGGCUGAGAUGGCUUCGGCAAAGAAGAAGCAGGAUUCGGAGACGGAGAGGCUGAACGGGGCCUCGGAGAAUGAAGAGGAUGAUGAUGAUUAUAACAAGCCGUUGGACCCUAACUCAGACGACGAGAAAAUAACACAAUUACUGAAAAAACACAAACCAAACUCCUCACUCCUUAUUAAUACAUCAGAAAACGACAGUUCGUAGACAGACACGGGGAAAAAUUCGUUUGAUGAAACAUUUAAUCGUGGAACUGGUGCAGGUUGUGUCCCUUUUUUCGUCAACAUUUUUAAAUGAAUAAGUUUGCACGAGGACGGAGGAUCAAAGGAAUAGACGCAAUUGUGUAGUCUGCAACAGUGGCCAAAACAUGGACACAAUUUAUAGAAGUUUGAACAUUACGAAGAUGAUACUUACUUGUAAAUAGAAACGUGAGUUGUAUUCAAUAGAAAUUAUAUUACUGUGAAUAUUUAUGUGUAAAAAACGUUUUUUUUGUAUAGAAAGCACUGCUGAGUCUCUUCCUCUUAGUUGUUCUGACGUCUGACAUCGUUACAGCUUUGUCAAUUGCAAAAAGCAUAGCCUAUAUUUUCAUGUUUAGUUUUGUUUUUGAAACUUGACAUAUACAUUGCAUUUCAUAGUGAAGUAAUAAGAUCCACCUGUUUGUAGGGACCAAUUUUCAACCAUUAGGGCUUCCAAAAAAAUAUCAGAACAAGCCUAACAGGCAUCCCCGUUGGUUCUGUGGACUAUACGAAUCUUUUUUUUAUAUAUAUAUAUAUUUACAAAAUAAAUGGAAAUGAAAUUAGCCACAUAUUUUAAGUGUAAA